CCGCUGGGCGCCGCCCUCCUCUGGCCCGCCCGAGGACCCGUGCAAGGUGCCCGCGGUGGCGCCUGACCGAAGAGCGGUUGCGGGGGCGUCCUCUGCUCCCGCGUCCGCGUCCCGCGCGGUCCCUCGUGAGCGCGGUCGGCGGCGGGUGGCGCGGCCCCGGGCCAGUGUCGGGCAGGGCCGCACCUGCACACGCAGGCGGAGCACGGCCGCCCGCGCCAGGACCCGCGGGCCCGGAAACGCUUGUUGUCACAAAGGGGGGGAACACGUGGGCACAGACGGCCCGGCGGCGGUCGCAGGGAGCUAGGAUCGCCCGGAGAACCGCCCACCGUCCCUGCCCGCCGGACUUCUCGGCCCCGGCCUCCAGGCCGGUCCACCUUCGGCCGGCGCCCGGCCGUGAGGUGGCUGUCUGGCUGGGCCUGACCACCUCUCUCCAGUUUUUAUCCACCUCGUUCGGACCCCCUGCGUAACCAUGUCCAUCCUGUAUGUCUCCCCUCAUCCCGAUGCCUUCCCCAGCCUCCGUGCCCUUAUCGCUGCGCGUUAUGGGGAGGCUGGGGAGGGACCGGGCUGGGGAGGAGCCCACCCCCGCGUCUGUCUCCAGCCACCCCCGACCAGCAGGACUCCCUUUCCCCCACCCCGCCUGCCCGCCCUGGAGCAGGGGCCCGGCGGGCUCUGGGUGUGGGGGGCCACCGCUGUGGCCCAGCUGCUGUGGCCAGCAGGCCUGGGGGGCCCUGGCGGUAGCCGGGCCGCCGUCCUGGUCCAACAGUGGGUCAGUUACGCCGACACGGAGCUAAUACCAGCUGCCUGUGGAGCAUCGCUGCCGGCCUUGGGACUCCGAAGCUCUGCCCAGGACCCCCAGGCUGCCCUGGGGGCCCUGGGGAGGGCUCUGAGCCCCUUGGAAGAGUGGCUUCGGCUGCACACCUACCUGGCUGGGGAGGCUCCCACUCUGGCUGACCUGGCGGCUGUCACAGCCUUGCUGCUGCCUUUCCGUUACGUCCUGGACCCCUCUGCGCGCCGGAUCUGGGGUAAUGUGACACGCUGGUUUAUCACCUGUGUCCAGCAGCCAGAAUUCCGUGCAGUGCUGGGGGAGGUGGUUCUGUACUCAGGGGCCAGACUGCUCUCCCAACAGCCAGGCUCUGAGGUCCCUGCACCCCCAAAGACUGCUACGCAACUCAAGAAAGAGGCAAAGAAACGGGAGAAGCUAGAGAAAUUCCAGCAGAAGCAGAAGAGCCAACAGCAGCAGCCACCCCCAGGGGAGCAGAAGAAACCAAAACCAGAGAAGAGGGGGAAACGGGAUCCUGGGGUCAUUACCUACGACCUCCCAACCCCAUCUGGGGAAAAGAAAGAUGUCAGUGGCACCAUGCCUGACUCCUACAGCCCUCAGUACGUGGAAGCUGCCUGGUACCCUUGGUGGGAGCAGCAGGGCUUCUUCAAGCCCGAGUAUGGACGUGCCAGCGUGUCAGCACCAAAUCCCCGGGGAAUCUUCAUGAUGUGCAUCCCACCCCCCAAUGUGACAGGCUCCCUGCACCUGGGCCACGCACUCACCAACGCCAUCCAGGACUCCCUGACCCGAUGGCACCGCAUGCGAGGGGAGACCACCCUGUGGAACCCUGGCUGUGACCACGCUGGCAUUGCCACUCAGGUGGUCGUGGAGAAGAAACUCUGGCGCGAACGGGGGCUGAGCCGGCACCAGCUGGGCCGAGAGGCCUUCCUACGGGAGGUCUGGAAGUGGAAAGAGGAGAAGGGUGACCGGAUUUACCACCAGCUGAAGAAGCUUGGCAGCUCCUUGGACUGGAAUCGAGCCUGUUUCACCAUGGACCCUAAACUCUCAGCAGCUGUGACAGAGGCCUUCGUCCGGCUCCAUGAGGAAGGAGUCAUCUACCGCAGCACCCGUCUCGUCAACUGGUCCUGCACCCUCAACUCUGCGAUCUCUGACAUCGAGGUGGAUAAGAAGGAGCUGACAGGUCGCACUCUGCUCUCCGUGCCUGGCUACAAGGAGAAGGUGGAGUUUGGGGUCCUUGUCUCCUUUGCCUACAAGGUCCAAGGCUCAGACAGUGACGAGGAGGUGGUAGUGGCGACAACUCGGAUUGAAACGAUGUUGGGAGACGUGGCCGUAGCUGUGCACCCCAAAGACCCGAGAUACCAGCACCUGAAGGGGAGGAGCGUGAUUCACCCAUUCUCGUCUCAGAGCCUCCCCAUCGUCUUUGACGAUUUUGUGGACAUGGAGUUUGGCACAGGUGCAGUGAAGAUCACCCCCGCACAUGACCAGAAUGACUAUGAAGUCGGGCAGCGGCACGGGCUGGAGGCCAUCAGCAUCAUGGACUCCCGAGGGGCCCUCAUCAACGUGCCCCCGCCUUUCCUGGGCCUACCGAGGUUUGAGGCCAGGAAGGCGGUGCUGGCGGCACUGAAGGAGCGGGGACUGUUCCGAGGCAUUGAGGACAACCCCAUGGUGGUGCCGCUUUGCAACCGGUCCAAGGACGUGGUGGAGCCUCUCCUGCGGCCACAGUGGUACGUGCGCUGUGGGGAGAUGGCCCAGGCCGCUAGUGCUGCUGUGACACGGGGUGACCUCCGCAUCCUACCUGAGGCCCAUCAACGGACAUGGCACGCCUGGAUGGACAACAUCCGGGACUGGUGUAUCUCCCGGCAGCUGUGGUGGGGCCAUCGCAUCCCAGCCUACUUCAUCACAGUCAGUGACCCAGCUGUGCCCCCAGGGGAGGACCCUGAUGGGCGGUACUGGGUGAGCGGGCGCAGCGAGGCCGAGGCCCGGGAGAAGGCAGCCAAGGAAUUUGGAGUGUCCCCUGACAAGAUCAGUCUCCAGCAAGAUGAGGAUGUGUUGGACACCUGGUUCUCCUCUGGCCUCUUCCCUUUCUCCAUCCUGGGCUGGCCCAACCACUCAGAAGAUCUGAAUGUGUUCUACCCGGGGACGCUGCUGGAGACGGGCCAUGACAUCCUGUUCUUCUGGGUGGCCAGGAUGGUCAUGCUUGGCCUGAAGCUCACUGGCAAGCUGCCCUUCAGAGAGGUCUACCUCCACGCCAUCGUGCGAGAUGCCCACGGCCGAAAGAUGAGCAAGUCUCUAGGCAACGUCAUCGACCCCCUGGACGUCAUCCACGGAGUCUCCCUGCAGGGCCUCCACGACCAGUUACUGAACAGCAACCUGGAUCCCAGUGAGGUGGAGAAGGCUAAAGAAGGGCAGAAGGCAGACUUCCCGGCGGGGAUUCCCGAGUGCGGCACCGAUGCCCUCCGGUUUGGACUGUGUGCCUACACGUCCCAGGGUCGCGACAUCAACCUGGAUGUGAACCGGAUAUUGGGAUACCGCCACUUCUGCAACAAGCUCUGGAACGCCACAAAGUUUGCCCUGCGUGGCCUUGGGAAGGGUUUUGUGCCGUCACCCACCUCUGAGCCUGGAGGCCAUGAGAGCAUAGUGGACCGCUGGAUCCGCAGCCGGCUGACUGAGGCCGUGAGGCUCAGCAACCAGGGUUUCCAGGCCUACGAUUUCCCGGCUGUCACCACUGCCCAGUACAGCUUCUGGCUCUAUGAGCUCUGUGAUGUCUACCUGGAGUGCCUGAAGCCCGUGCUGAAUGGGGUGGACCAGGUGGUGGCCGAGUGUGCUCGCCAGACCCUCUAUACCUGCCUGGACGUUGGCCUGCGGCUGCUGUCACCCUUCAUGCCCUUCGUGACCGAGGAGCUGUUCCAGAGGCUGCCCCGGCGGACACUACAAGCUCCGCCUAGCCUCUGUAUUACCCCCUAUCCGGAGCCCUCGGAGUGCUCCUGGAGGGACCCUGAGGCAGAAGCUGCCAUGGAGCUGGCCCUAAGCAUCACACGAGCUGUGCGCUCCCUGCGUGCCGACUACAACCUCACCCGGAUCCGGCCUGACUGUUUCCUAGAAGUGACUGAUGAGGCCACGGGCGCUCUGGCGUCGGCUGUGUCAGGCUACGUGCAGGCGCUGGCCAGCGCGGGCGUGGUGGCUGUCCUGGCCCUGGGGGCUCCCGCGCCACAGGGCUGUGCUGUGGCCCUGGCCUCUGACCGCUGCUCCGUCCACCUGCAGCUGCAGGGACUGGUGGACCCGGCCCGAGAGCUGGGCAAGCUGCAGGCCAAGCGUGGUGAGGCACAGCGGCAGGCACAGCGUCUGUGGGAGCGCCGCGCUGCCUCAAGCUACCCUACGAAGGUGCCCCUUGACGUCCAGGAGGCAGACAAAGUCAAGCUCCAGCAGACAGAAGCAGAGCUCAGGAAGGUGGACAAGGCCAUCGCGCUAUUUCAGAAGAUGCUGUGAUGCACCCGACUCUGACCCUCAUAACCCCCAGCAGUCCGCCGUGGGGGUGGCAGCAAUAAAAUAUUUUGCCACAAAAUCA